AGCCCACCCUUUUCCCCCCAAGGCAUCGCCUCCUUCCAGUGCCUGCUGGGGCUGGGGGUGUGGAACCCCCGCGGGCCCGACCUGAGCAACUGCACCAGUCCCUGGGUCAACCAGGUGGCCCAGAAGAUCAAGAGCGGGGAGAAUGCGGCGAGCAUUGCAGGGGAGCUGGCGCGGCACACGCGGGGCCCGGUGUUCGCGGGGGAUGUCAGCUCGGCCGUGCGGCUCCUGGAGCAGCUCCUGGACAUCCUGGACGCGCAGCUCCAGGCCCUGCGCCCGCUCGAGAGGGAGUCAGCUGGCAAAAAUUACAACAAGAUGCACAAGCGAGAGCGAACCUGCAAGGAUUACAUCAAGGCCGUGGUGGAGGCCGUGGAUAACCUGCUGCGCCCAGAGGCGCUGGAGUCGUGGCGGGACAUGAACGGCUCGGAGCAGGCGCACACGGCCACCAUGCUGCUGGACGUGCUCGAGGAGGGCGCCUUCCUGCUCGCCGACAACGUCAAGGAGCCCGCGCGCUUCCUGGCUGCCCGACAGAACCUGGUGCUGGAGGUGUCAGUGCUGAACACUGAGGGGCCACUCCAGGAGCUCGUGUUCCCGCAGGAGCUGGGGGGUGACGGCUCCAUCCAGCUCUCGGCCAGCACCCUCAAACAGAACAGCAGGAACGGGGUGGUGAAGGUUGUCUUCAUCCUGUACAACAACCUGGGGCUGUUCCUGCCCACGGAGAACGCAACCGUGCGGCUGGGGGGAGAUGGGGGUCCCCGCGCCCCCCAGCUCGUGGUCAACUCCCAGGUCAUCGCCGCCUCCAUCAACAAGGAGUCCAGCAGGGUCUUCCUGCGUGACCCCGUGGUCUUCACCCUGCCCCACCUGGAGACCAAGAACCAUUUUGGGGCCAACUGCUCCUUCUGGAAUUACUCGGAGCGCUCCAUGGCUGGGCACUGGUCGAGCCAGGGCUGCCGCCUUCUGCGCUCCAACGGCACCCACAGCUCAUGCGCCUGCAGCCACCUGACCAACUUCGCCCUGCUGAUGGCCCGGACUCAGAGCUUCCCGGGGCGGCUGAAUGAGGUGCUGCUGUCAGUGAUCACCUGGGCGGGGAUCCUGGUGGCCCUGCUGUGCCUGGGCCUGUCCAUCUCUGCCUUCUGCUGCCUGCGGGGGCUGCCCUCGGAGCGCACCACCAUCCACAAGAACCUCUGCAUCAGCCUCUUCCUCGCCGAGCUGCUCUUCCUCGUGGGCAUCGACAAAACGCAGUACCAGGUGGCCUGUCCCAUCUUUGCGGGGCUGCUGCACUAUUUCUUCCUGGCGUCAUUCUCGUGGUUGUGCCUGGAGGGGGUUCACCUGUACCUGCUGCUGCUCGAGGUGUUCGACAGCGACCCCGGCCGCCGCAAGUACUACUACGCAGGGGGGUACUUCUUCCCCGCAGUCGUCGUCGCCGUCGCUGCCGCUGUCGACCACCGCAGCUACGGCACCGACCAGGCGUGCUGGCUGAGGGUGGACAAUUAUUUCAUCUGGAGCUUCAUCGGCCCCGUGGCCUUCGUCAUCCUCGUGACGCUGGUGUUCCUGCUGGUGACGCUGCACAAGAUGCUGCGCAGCUCGGCCGCCCUCAAACCUGACUCCAGCCGCCUGGACAGCAUCAGGUCGUGGGCGCUGGGGGCCAUCGCGCUGCUGCUGCUGCUGGGGCUCACCUGGGCCUUUGGGCUCCUGUUUGUCACCCGCGAGUCGGUGCUGACGGCGUCGCUGUUCACGGCCUGCAACGCCCUGCAGGGCACCUUCAUCUUCCUCUUCCACUGCGCCCUCCAGAAGAAGGUGCACCGGGAGCUCAGCAAGUGCCUGCGGCACUCGGGGUGUUGCCUCAGGGGCCCCCCAGGGACCUCCCUGGGCGCCCUCAAACCCUCGGCCGCCCGCGCCCACCCCCGGUACUACAGCGGCACCCAGAGCCGGAUCCGGAGGAUGUGGAAUGACACGGUCCGGAAACAGACAGAGUCAAGUUUUAUGGGGGGGGACCUGAACAGCACCCCAACCUUGAACCGAGGGUCGCACCUCCUNCCGGUGUCCCCUGUGCCAUUCCUUCCCGUGUCACCAGUGUCCCUCCGCUGUCCCCAGCCCCUUCUUUCCCAUCCUUAA